AUGGCGCCUCUCGCUCCCGGGAGUGUGCUGGUGGCCACGGCCUCUGCCCCGUGCCAGCAGCCGGCACAGCAGCUGGCACGCUCGCCUUUGCCACACCCGCGAUCGCAGUCCCUUCUGACUCCCAUCCUCGCAUCGACCGCAGGUCUCUUCUGCUCGUUGGCCUCGAUGCCACGGCAGCGGCUGAGGAGGAGAGCCUCCAAAGAGAUCGCAGCAGGUCAGUCAUCUGACGGGGAACUGGCUGGAGGAUCGUAUGAACUAAUGAAGACCAGUGGUGUGGAGUGGACGAUGAUGUUCAAGGCCGCCGAUGACUUUGCGCGCAAGAACGGGCUGCGGAAGCUGGGGGACUCCGAGACCGCCGCCUCCAAAAUGGCGGCUUUCUACCCUUCAGACGAGGCAUUCCCUGGUGUCCGUGACUGGUUGGAUGCCCGUGGCCUGCGCCCCCACUUUCCAGCCGUCAACCAGUGGUGCAAAGAGAUGGGUGCCGAAGACAUCAUCGAUCUGAUCGAGAACACGGAGGAGAUUGCCGAAUUUCUGGGAGAUGCCCUCAACGAGAAUGAGAGAGCCGACCUUUGCGGCAGAAGAUUUUCCGAAGGCCGAACCUCCUGUCAUCCGAAGCUUGCAAACCAUUUCAAACAUCCAAAAGCAGCCAUGGAGCGGCGGCGCCCGGGUGUGCUGAUCGCUGCCGCUGGAGCUUUUCUAGUGGCCUUGCUGAGGAGCUCCUCUGCCUUCCUGGCACCGGCUGCAGGCUCCAAACCGGAUGCCGCAGAGGGCGCGUUGCGUCGCAGAGACAUGCUGGCAACGCUGGGGGUGGCCGCGGCCUGGCAGGCAGAUGAAGCUUUCGCUCUGCGGGAUGCCAGAUUCGACUCCAUCUGCAGCUACAAAUGCCUUGCAAUCUGUAACGAGAGAGCACCUGGCAACGAGGAAUACUGCAACAAGUUAUGCGUCAACUACUGCCAGCAGUCGAAGGAGGAGAAGGACCUCAAUUCGCAAGUGAAGAAAGGUAGCAUCGUCGACAAGAUCCUGGAAAAGUCUCGCAAGAAGAAGUUCGACAAUAAUCGUGCUGACAACGCCAAGACGGAGCAGCUAGACCAGUGGCUGGGCUCGCAAAUCGCUUUGACCAACGAGACGGACUAUGCUAAUGGCAUCAAGGAGACCGGCCGCAUCCGUGAAUUGUUUAAGCCUGAAAGGCGACAAGCUGAUUAG